AUGGCUCCGAAGCCAUUCCGUCCGGGUAACCGGUUCGGUCUCCUCGAUGAACUUACGCUUUCCGAUCCUCCUGACCCGCCGCCUCCUCCUCCAAAAAGAAAUAAGCCAUCGAACAGCUUGUUUAGUGAAUUCCCCUCCUUACCAACGAAAUCAAUUUUUAAAAAUCCCCGCUUUGUACACAUAACUCCCAAAGAUGAUUCCAAGCCCCUAACCAAAAUCAGUGUGUUUAUCCUUAAAAAACUUAUCGACUCCAUCAGCACGCAUUACGAAAAAAUAUCCCAACUAAGAGACGGUUCCAACCUUAUCCUAACAAGAGACCAAAACAUAGCUGAUAAAUUUAUUAAUUCGAAAGUUCUAGAUAGCGUUUGUCCCGUUAAUAUUAAACUGCAUUCUAACCUCAACCUAUCUAAAGGCAUAGCAUACGCUCCCUGCCUGAUUAAUGUCUCCGAAUCUGAAAUCAUUUCGGAACUUAAAAGCCAAUACGUCACUGACGUGUACAAAUUUAAUAAAACUAUGACAAAUGAUAAAGGCAAGGAAGAAACUAAACCUACAGGCCUUAUGAUAUUCUCCUUUGACUUGUUUAAAAUCCCAGAAUCCAUUGAAAUCGGUUGGUACAAAACAAAAUUAUCCGAAUAUAUCCCAAAUCCAAUGCGGUGUCGCCAAUGCCAACGGCUUGGGCACACAACUAAAUGGUGCAAGAGCCCUGCUUCAUGUGUAACAUGCAAUUUCCCCCUCCAUGAAGGUAUAAACUGUACUCGCACUGAAUGUGCCAAUUGCUCUGGCCCCCAUCCUGCCUCGUCUAAGAACUGCCUAAGGUACAUCCAAAGCAAAGAAGUACUUGAAUUAAAAACAAAAAACAAAUGUACACUAGCUGAAGCUAGACGAAUGCAAAGAGAAAGGUACCAGACUCAUUCAACCAUCUCUACGAGUCUUUUUUCUGAAAAACUAAAAAAUCCCCCUCCCGACACAGUUAAAGCUCCCAAGCCAUCUACCUCUUCUGUUCAAACAAUCAACGAUAAUAAAACUCAGCACAUUUCUCUUAAAGCAAACGUAACUGAAUUACAAAAAAACGACUCACAACAAAAUCAAACAACAGCUAACACAGAACAUAACAAAACUAACAAUGAAAAGAUCCCUAACCUUGAUAACGAAAAAUCUGACUCAAUAGUAUUCACUCAAAAUAAUCCUAACGACAAUACCUCUCAUUCUCCUGUAAACACUCAAACACCAACUACUUUACCUACUUCAACUAGAUCAAACCAAAAUGACUCUCUUCAAACAAUUACCUCUUCAGCCCAAACGCAAUUCCACAUGAACAUUGACAAUGAUCAUGACACAUAUUAA